AUGCUACUCUGUCGGGUAUCCGUGUUUUUUCUGUGUUUUUGGACGUCAAACUCACACUAUAACAUCCCUCUUAAGAUUUUUACGGGGAAGUUUAAUUCUUCUGUGGAUCUGGACCUAUCGUCAUUAAAACUCGGUGAAUCAUCGUUGAAGCAAAAUGAAACGGACUCUGGUAAUGGUCUGUCCUUGGCAUCAGAUCCGUCGGGAACUGUCAACUUUUUGGACAUGGUUAAUAACCUUAAAGGCGACGCCGGCAGGGGAUAUUACUUAGAGAUGAUGAUCGGAACUCCGGGACAAACGCUGAAUAUCUUGGUUGAUACGGGGAGCAGCAACUUUGCCGUGGCAGCAGCAGCACACCCUUACAUCACGCAUUACUUCAACAGAGCCCUCUCUAGUACAUAUCGGUCUGCAGGGCGGGCAGUGGAGGUAAAGUACACACAAGGCAGCUGGGAGGGUGAACUGGGAACAGACCUUAUCUCCAUACCCAAAGGCCCCAAUGGUACUAUCAGCAUUAACAUCGCUGCCAUCCUGUUCUCCAGUGACUUCUUCCUCCCUGGUGUUAAUUGGCAGGGGAUUUUGGGCCUGGCCUACCCUCUGCUGGCACGGCCCGAUUCAUCCGUGGAGCCUUUUUUUAACUCCAUGGUGAGACAGACGGGUAUUCCAAACAUCUUCUCCCUCCAGAUGUGUGGAGCAGGGCUGUCUGCCAGCAACACAGCCGACCCUGCAGGGGGCAGUCUAAUCAUGGGAGGUAUUGAACCCACCCUCUACCGUGGUUCCAUGUGGUACACCCCUAUUCUGGAGGAAUGGUACUACCAAGUCGAGGUUCUGAAGCUCGAGGUUGGGGACCAGAACUUAAACCUGGACUGCAGAGAGUAUAAUUCAGAUAAAGCCAUUGUGGACAGUGGGACAACUCUUCUGCGACUACCAGUCAACGUAUUCAACGCUGUCGUGGAAGCCAUUACACAAACAUCACUGAUCCAGGAUUUCUCCUCUGGGUUUUGGACUGGGAGUAAACUGGCAUGCUGGCUGAAAGGAGAAACUCCUUUGAAGUUUUUCCCUAAAAUCUCCAUCUACCUCCGGGCAACUAACGCUAGUCAGUCUUUCCGCAUCACCAUCCUCCCUCAGCUCUACAUUCAACCAAUCACAGACAUCGACGGCACGUUAAACUGCUACCGCUUUGGCAUCUCGCCAUCAGCCAACGGCCUGGUGAUCGGAGCCACGGUCAUGGAGGGCUUCUACGUUGUCUUUGACCGUGCGCAGAAGAGGGUCGGAUUUGCCGUCAGCACGUGCGCCGAGACCGGCGGGGUGCCAGUGGCGGAAAUUUCCGGGCCGUUCUCGGCGGUCGACGUGACUUCGGAGUGCGUGGGGGGGUUCGCCAUUAGGGAGCCCCUCCUGUGGAUCAUCGCCUACGCCUUGAUGGGCGUUUGCGCCCUGGUGCUGGUCAUCCUACUCGUCCUGCUGUUUUUGCCCUGCCGUCGCCGUAGAGAUGGCGAGAUCACUGACCAGUCUUCGCUGGUACGCCAUCGCAUCAAGUGACGUCAGCUGACCGCGGAGCUG